UACCUUUCAUAAGCGGGAGACGGUGGUUGGCGCCGACCGACCGACCCGGGCUCCUAGGCUAGCGGCGAGCGUGCCGUUAGUAAAGUAAUGGCUCCCGUGUUAGUAGCAUCGUUGCCUCGUUCGCUCGCUUCCUGUGUUCGCUAUGGCCCCAAGCAUACCAAGAUAUGCUGGAGCCUGAGUUCGUCCGUCGGGCCCCGGCGGCACAAGUCGACGCCGGCUACGGCCGCGUCCCUGGUCGAGGAGAACGGCCGGAUCGCCACCUCUCACGAGGACGAGAAGAAAGACUCGCUCGACCUGACCUUCUGUGAUUACGAGGCCGCCUUUAAGAGCAAGACGACAUGGGAGGUGCUGAGGGCGAUGCUGGUCUUCCAAAUGUGUGGCAUAAGGCCUCUAGUGGAGAACAAUGACAAGCUGAUGAAAUGGGGCCAGAAAAUUCUCGGGAAGCGCCUCUUCGGGUCGAUCAUGAAGGCCACCUUCUACGGCCACUUCGUCGCCGGGGAGGACCAGAUCAAAAUCCAGCCGGUCCUCGAGAGACUGCGCUCCUUCGGCGUCAAGUCAAUCCUCGACUACUCCGUCGAGGAGGACAUCAGCCAGGAGACGGCCGAGAAGAGGGAGAUGGAGUCAUGUAGCAGUCACAGAAGAAGGAAAAAGAAACACAGAUAUUAUAAGAGGGCGGACAGAGCAUCGUUUCACAGAUGGGCCUGCGAGAGUAAGGCUGAAGGCUCGAACACCAUGGAACGAUACACUCCGCAGCGCAAGUUCGCCGACCGGCGGUACCAAGUGUCCGGGGCGAGGACUUACUUCUACGUGAACGAGGCCCAGUGCGAGAAGAACAUGGAGACGUUCAUGAACUGCAUCGACGCCGUCUCUGAUGCGACGCAUGGGACGGGUUUUGCUGCGAUUAAGAUGACAGCGCUCGGGAGACCUCAGUUACUGAUGCAACUGUCAGAAGUCAUCGCGCGAGCCCGCCAGUACUUCACCCAAGUCACUGGCGAGACAGGCCCCAUCCUCUUGACCGACGUCAACACCGACGUCUUCGAGAAACGAUUCAGGCAGGAGAACGUCAAGGUCGACGAACCUGCCGUGACGAAAUGGCUGAAGAACAUGACGUACGACAAGAAAGGGUUGAUCCACAUCUUCUCUUGGUCCGGACUCAUCGAUGCGAAUAUGCUCUUGAGCGACAUGUUCAGAGUCCCCAACCUCAACACAGGGCAGAUGGAACCCCUUAUCUCCGCCCUCACCAGAGAGGAAGAGGAAAUGUUCAAAAAUAUGAUGCGUAGACUUCACACCAUAUUCCAGUAUGCUAUGGAGAGAGAUGUGAGGGUGAUGGUAGAUGCGGAACAGACCUAUUUCCAGCCCGCCAUAUCUCGACUUACAAUGGAAAUGAUGAAGAAGUAUAACCAGGACAAAGCGAUCGUUUUCAACACAUACCAGUGUUACUUGAAGGAAACCUUCAACAACCUUUCCCUUGAUCUCGAACAGGCAUACCGCCAGAACUUCUUUUUCGGUGCAAAGCUUGUCAGGGGAGCAUACAUGGAACAGGAACGUGCCCGAGCACUAGAACUUGGUUAUGAGGACCCCGUGAAUCCAGACUUUGAUGCAACCACUGAGAUGUAUCACGACUGCUUGAAAGAGUGCCUUCGACGUAUCAAAUUCAACAAGACUCUAGGCGAAACACAAAAAAUCGCUAUUAUGGUUGCAUCACACAAUGAGGACACAGUUCGAUAUACAGUACGAAAAAUGGCUCAGUUUGGCAUUCACCCACUGGAUCGAGUAAUAUGCUUCGGGCAACUCUUGGGCAUGUGUGAUCAUAUCUCCUUGCCACUUGGCCAGGCAGGGUUCUCUGUGUAUAAAUAUGUUCCUUAUGGACCAGUGAACGAAGUCUUACCGUACUUGUCACGUCGUGCCACUGAGAACAGUUCAAUCUUAGAGAAAUUACAGAAAGAAAGAACGCUCCUGAGACGGGAACUUUGGAGACGAAUUACAAAAGGGCAAGUUUUCUACAAGCCCCAGGGUGACUACAUACCAGUUGGUGCCGUUCGGAAAGAUUAAAAUGAAUGAGAUAUCAGUGCACUCAGUUAAAAUCAUCGACUUAUUUAAAGCUGUCUUCUGCUAUUCUUUUUCUCAUUACCUUUGAAAAGUUAUUCCUCUUUUUUUCCGUUUUUAAGACUGUGAUGUUUAUAGACAUACAAGGAAAAUAAGUAUAUAUAUAAUUAUAGGUACAGUCCCUUAAGUCACUUUGCAGGUUACUUCGUUAAGGAUUUCUUGAUCAAGUAACUCAAGCUUUAUGAAUGCAAAAGACACCACUUUUAUUUUUAACUGCAUACCUGUCUUCCAUAAGUGGAAUUACUUUUAAAUGAUAGCUUGCUGCCUCAGCAGGUAUUAGAGGCAUUUUACAUCUUGCUUUCUGUUAGGAAGCCAAGAAUUGAAAUUCUGUGCUACCUGCUGCUCUCUGUCUUGAACAAGGUGUGAAAAGGCCAAAGUAGAGGAGAGAAACAGUUUUAAUGAAUGUGAUGUUGAUGAUAAGAUGAAAAUUCGGAAGAGAUCAAAAUAGGGGUUGCUAGAACUGAUGAGUCUGAGGCAGUUCAUUUAUUUUAUCACCCUUGAAACUCAAAUAUCAUGAACUUCGCAUUCAGUCCCCAAAUAUUUUGUGAUUAAAACUAGUGCAGUUGAGCAGAUCUCUAUGCCUUUCCUCAAUAAAUCAAAAUUUAGAGUUUUCAAGGGUAAUUAAGGAACAUUCCUCUUUUGAUGUGUAAAUGUGCAGCAGACUGUUGAUAGAUGGUGAGCUAUGUCAAGAGUAUUUGUUGUGCUUACAAUGUUUAGGUCUUUGGUUGUGAUUCAUUGUCUGUAUCACAGCUGAUCAGAUUCAAAGGGUUAGAUUUAUUGAACUAUAAUCAGUGUAACGCAGCAGGCACAAUUUUACGUGUGUAACCGGGGUAUUAAAGAGCACAGCAUAUGACAUGAAUCUGGUCAACUGGGGCAUAAUCAUUCUUGGUAUUGUACUACUGGUUGUGCAACUAUACCUUCAAACUGCUAGACAGUAGAUCAUUAAGUAAUAAAAUUGUACAAUGGUUGGUCUAUGGAUUGCACUCUGUGUAGAUUUGAUCGCUCUACAAUGUGAAAAUUUCAUGCUCCCUGAAGUAUUUUGAAAGUAAAGUCAGCAUUUUAUUUUAAUUUUGCUGCUGGCCUGGGUCCAUAUUAAUCUAAUAAAUUAAUAAUUGCUUUAAUGUCAGUCUUCUCUGUAAGAGUAUGAUAAUGUCCAUAACACUUUAUUUUUCACUAGACUGCAUUUGGCAUGUUAUGGUAAAAUGGAAGCCAGGAUUAUAAUUUGAAUAUUAUCUUAAUUGGAAUUUACAGUAAAAUGAAACUCCAUUGCCAUCCAGGUUUAGAAGCUCUAGUAUUAUGGAUAACACACUAAAGUAUAUGAUUUGCUGAUCUUUAUGACAUGAGGUACAGUAAUAGUAUAAAGCCCAACUUUCUGUACUAAGGUUAUAUUAGAAUUCUUGGUUGUCAGGAGUAGUAGUAUUAUCCACGAAAAUAACAAAGCAAUAAAGUCAUGUUGACAUAUACUUUGAUACGGAAAUUUUUCACUCUUACAAGAGAUCUUAGUGUUGUGCAUAGGAUAUCAUUUGUAAGAAAUAUUCUUUUGUAGUGGUCUUUUAAUGGUUAAACUUUAUUCAUAUAGUAACAUCAGCAAAUUAAGAAAAAAGCCUUUAAUUAUAAUGUUUCACUUUAAGGGUAUUCGAAAAUUACUUUGUUUCAGAGUUAUGAUCUAGUAGUAUUAGGUUUUUAUUACACUUAUAAGUACAUAUUCGAAAAAUGUUUCAACCUUUCUUACAAAAUGUUUUAUGCACACCUUUUUUCAGCACAAAAGUUUAGAUCAGUACAAAAGUAUUUUACAUAUUUUGGGAGAAAGAGACUGCAAAAACCGGUAAUGCAUCUGUUAAUAUUAAAAUGCUGAGUAAGAUUGGUUCGAGUUCUGAUCUACAUAACUAAGCAUUGCACAGCCCAUUACAGACAAAUUUAGGUCAAUUGAUAAUCCACUGCUCACUUUGUUUGUAUUACUGUUUGCUUGCCACAAGUAGUCCCUUAUUUUCAUGAUUUUUUAUCAUUCAGAUAAUUUAUACGCACUCAUUUAUAAUAGUGUUUGUAUUUUUCAUAGUGUCUGUAUAUUUUUAUUUCCCUGUCCAAUAAGGCUGGAGCAGUGUAUGCGUAUGUGUGUGUGUGGAAGAAAUAUUUUCUUCUGCCUAUUCUUGAGUAGUAUAAAGGUAAAUGAUUGUGAAACAGUCUGGGAAUACAUACCUUAGCAUUUUAGAAAUUUACUGAACGAUAAUUUUUUAGCAGUUAAUCUCAAUACCGGAAAGAGGCAGAUGUUCAUAAUCAUUUACCUUUAUGGAAACAUAAGACUGAAUGUUUGAGAUAAUGAUCUGUACAGUAAGUUACAGAUAAUGUUUACAGUAUAUUUUGAUUUACUAAUUGAAGUCUGUUCUACCAAAUGCUUGCCAAUAUUAGUAGUAUAAUGAAUUACAGAAACGUUAAGGGCACCUUCUGAUCCUAGAAGUAUUUCAGUAAUGUCAAUUAUUGGGGUUAUUAAUUUCAUUAAUGAUAUUGCAUUUAAAAAGAUGAUUGCUGAAUUUUUUAAGUUAUUAAUUCCUUGAUCGAAAAUCGCGUUUUAAAAUAGUUUAGGGAUCUAGUAUGUAGAAAUAGCAGUGGUGUGUCUAUGACCACUUUUAAUGCAUUGGUAUUCUUAUGUUUUAUUUUUUCAACACAAGAAACCUUAAAUGUAAGCCUUCCCGACAUUUACUUCUCAAGAAUUGUACAGAAUUGUAGAAAAAAGGCAGAGAAAUUCAUGUGGCUGUGCAUAAAAUUUGUUUUUUAAAUUGUAAACUAUCGAAAAGUGUUAAUUACUACAGUGAUUACUAAACUUUAUGUAUUUAGAGCAAGUCUUAUUGUGCUGACCCCUGUGUAUUGAGGUAAUUUGUAAUUAGCUAGAAAUAUUGUGGCUGUAAAUGGAUCAGGACAUCUCAAUGAAAUCAAUGGCCUUCAAUCGCAACUGGCUUCCAACAUUAUAGGUGUACUCUAUGUAAAUAAAAUAAAAUGUUUAUGAUUUUUGUCAGGAUGGAUAGCAUUUGCUGUUGAUGUGAACAGAUGGCUGAAAUCUACCACAUGGUGAAUUCAAGAUUAACAAGUUCCACCAUGUUUGUAACAUAAGGACAGUCCUUAAUUAAGUUUAACCUUCUUCAACAUUGUUAAAAGUUAAAAACUAAUAAGUUCCUACUAAUUUUAGUUAAAUAUUUUACCUGACACAUAUCUUUAAAGCAGUAUCUUUAGAAUAAAACUUGAAUGAAAUAUAAAUAAAAAUAGAAGUUUGAAACUUCUUGUUAAGAGUAAGUGGCUACUUAUGUUACAGACAUGAGUGGAGAUAAGUUUCAAAAUAUAUAUGCCAUUCAGUGUUUUCAGGCAUUAUGUAAAUUUCCUUCAGUAAGAUCAAAGAAUUAUUUGUGGCAUAGGUUUCUUUAAGCAUGUUCAUGCAGUUUUCUCAUUUUUGUCAGAAAUUUAAAACAUGUUUAGUUGAUAAUAUGCUCAUGUUGAUACUUCGUCUCAUUAACUAAUUGCAUUAUGCUCGCGUACUUAAUUUUGUGUGACGGUAAUUCAACUACUUCACAGCUUCUUUUUUUUUUACAACUAAUAGGAGUCACCUUUUGUGUUACAUUCUUAUGUAAUUGAGUCUUGGCAUCAUCAUUGCUUACUAUUUUUUAUGAAAUGUACUUGGGAUCAGGCAGUGUGUGCAUAUCAGAUUCUACUUUACCUUUAUGCUAGAAUCUUACAUUGCUAGAUAAUUGCUUUAACUGAUAUGCAGUAAUAUCAUUUGCUAAGCUUCUUCUAGCAGCUCACGUAUUGAAAACAUUGAAGACUCUCAUAGCAUUUACCACAAUCACACAUUCUUUUGCAAGUGAGGUAUUCAAAAGUAAUUGACCAAUUUAUUUUGCUUCGCCUUAGCUUCUCUUCUCUCUUUUUUUUUUUUUAUUUCUUUCUUUUAGCAUUGAAGUCCUGUAAUGCACACUGUCAAAUGUUACAUUAUGUUAAAAGCUUUUCAUCUCAAAAUAGUUUUCACAGCUUUUAUAAAUUAAAAAUUGCCACUACCUUUCAUACAGUUUGGCAUAUUUGUAAUUUGUUUGAAGAAAGGUAAUUUUUAUUUGUAAUCAUCCAAAUAUUCUUUUUAAAAAUACUUAUUUUGUGAAGUUAGUGUCAUUAGUAUAAUACAAAAUUGGUUGAUCUUCCAUAGAGCUUUUCAUGAAAUAUUAUUUGCAGUGUUAAACUGAAUAGACAAUUCCAAAUAGUUGUUGAAAUUUUACUCUUACUGACAUCAAAAUAUUUUCAAAAGUCUUACAAUGCUUGUUGAAUGCAAUAUAAAAUUGAUAACCAGUGUAAUACAUGUAAUCAGGGUAAACGAUGCCAUGUUAUGCUAAUAACAUCAUACUGGAAAUUAAGAAAAACUACUUGUCACUUCAUUUAUCAACAAGAACUUUGAGGCAAGGCCUUCGGUGGCCUGCAGUUAAAUAAUAAUUACAUUUUUAAGUGAAAAUAUAUUCACUGAAUUGUUACUGAUUAUUUAGUAAAAGAAAGGGAUUCCAACUUAUUUUUGUAACAACUAAAAUGGAUGUGGAAACACUCGUUCAAUAGAUCAGAGUAUUUUUUGUUGCCUUUCAUAUGCCAGACUGAAUGAAAAAUAUGUAUUAAUUUUUUUAAUCUCUUACAACACGACUUAGAUCACCUGGAAAGUUUUAACUCUUAUUCAGCAAAGUAAAAUAAACAAAUAUAUACAUACAAAUAUAUAUAUAAAUAUAUAUAUGUUAGAGUGCUUGUAACAUUCGUUGGUGAGACUGUGGCACAGACUAUAGAUGCUUUAGGUGCCUUUGUCAGACAUAGUGCAUAAGUGUCGUAAGCAAAAAAGAAAUGUACAUAGUAGUGUGUUUGAUCAAGUCUGAAGUGCAUUGUAGAUAGACUGAGACGAGAGAAUGUUUUAGAUGCAGAUGAAUUAUAAACAUUUUCCGUAUAUGGGAAAAACUGGAUCUCGCUCUUCAAUUUUCCCAAAGCUCGGUCAUUUGAAUGGUACAGUGAAUGUUCGUUAAAAGUACAUGAUGAUGAGAGUAAAUUAUGGACACUUGGAUUUGAAAUUAAUAAGAGUUGAGCAAUGCCAUGAAUCAUUCACCAGCAAAAAUCCACAGGUCUGAGUUAUCUGAGUGUGUGUGUAACACACAGAAUAAUUGUCAGCAAUUGUUAGAUAUUUGAAACUUGCAAGUUUUAGUGGUAAUUGAUUAAAAAUGUUAUUCUGAGAUUCAGAGUUGUAAAUAUAAAUCUGUCCAUUUUUUCAGGAUUCCAUAUUUUAAGUUUCCACUAAAAAAACAAUGUAAAUUAUCAAGAAAUCUAAAUAGAAUUGUGAAUACUGUAGUAUUUGGCUUAGGUCAUAGUGGAGUGUCGUGUAAGAUGGUAAGAGCGCAAAACACUGCAUAUGCUCUCACCUCAUACGCCCUCCCAAGUAAGCUGAAGAAGUGACAAGGCUGGUGAUUUCUGGCAGCUCAGAUUGUAUAUAGUCUAGAUUAUGUCAAUAAAAAUUAAAAUAUG